AUGAGUUCUUUCCUGUUUACGUUCAUCACUUUCUUAGUUGUUCUACCUAUUAUCAAUGGCAAUCCAAUGCAGCUGACAUUGCUUGGACCACGUCACCCAGUCACUGCCUCUCUGAGGGAGACUAUUGUGCUACACUGUCAUCUGUCCCCCAGAACAAAUGUCCAGAAUAUGGAGAUUACUUGGUUCCGCUCCCAAAAUUCUUCAUAUAUACACCUUUAUCGCAGUGGCAAAGAUCAUCUGGAACAGCAGCAGCCGGAAUACCAAGGAAGAACAGAAUUUUUAAAAGAUGGCAUUGGGGAGGGAAAGAUUGGGCUGAAAAUUUUUAAUAUUAGCCUGUUUGAUGAGGGACACUACCACUGCUCUGUUAAGAAUGGGAGUUUCCAACAGGAAGCCACAUUAGAUAUGAAAGUGACUGCAUUAGGGCCUGGUCCUCUCCUUUCCAUUGAAGGUUAUCAGGACGGAGGGAUCCGAGUGGUUUGUCGUUCCGGUGGCUGGUAUCCAAAGCCAGAGGUCCUGUGGAGAGAGCUCAACGGGAGGCUUCUGUCUUCAUUGGCAAAAAAAGAUUCACAAAGAAAAGAUGGGACAUUUGAUGUACAAGCCGACAUCGUUCUAAAAGGAAGUUCAAACUUGACCUGUGUCAUCAGAAACAGCCUCCUCGACCUGGAAAAAGAAUCAACCAUCCACAUAACAAAUCACCUCUUCCCCAAAAUAUCAUCCUGGAUAGUAGCUCUAUGUUUUUCCCUAAUGGCUGUGGUUGGAUUCGCUAUAUUUAUUUUUUACCUACUGAACAAAUACAGAAAGCUGGUCACUGAACUGAAUUGGAGGAACAUGGUGAUGCCAAUAGAAAAAGCAAACAUAGUUCUGGAUCCAGAAACAGCCAACCACGACCUGAUCCUGUCUGCAGAUCAAAGAACUGUCAUACAGGGAUUCAUGUGGCAGAGCCUACCGUACAGUCCUAAAAGAUUUAAUAUGGAUCGCUGCGUCCUGGGAAGGGAGGGGUUUUCCUCCGGAAAGCAUUAUUGGGAAGUAGAAGUUGGAGAGGAUGGGUACUGGGCCUUGGGGGUGGCGAGAAAUUCCAUGAAGAGGAAGGGAAAGCUCGUCCUUGUCCCAGAAGAAGGAAUCUGGGCAGUGGGAAAGGAUCGGAUCCAAUACAAAGCUCUCACUCUACCCAAGAUCCCCCUGAUUCUGAAGAAGAAGCCCAGGAAACUGGGGGUUUACUUGGAUUAUGAGAUGCAACUAGUUGCCUUUCAUGACGUCACUCACCAAACACAUAUAUUCACCUUCUUCUCAGCCCCAUUCAAUGGGGAAGCGGUCUUCCCCUUCUUUUACGUAGGGGUAGGGUGCUGGCUUAGAAUGUGUCCUUGAUGACUUUCCUUUAAGGGAGGUUCAGUCAGAAAAUUAAACGCCCUACAC